AUGGACCUAUGGCUUCUCAGCGCACAGCUUAUGCCUCUUUCUCCCAUGUUCAUAUCUUGGGGGCGAGGAAGCAUGCUGCCGCUCCAAUCCUCACCGAACAAAUACAGCAGCAGAUUUCCCACGAUUUCCCUUGCCUUUGCUAUUGUUCUGCUCCUCUUCUUGGCCUCUCCUGCAAGCUCUUGCACCGAGCAGGAGAGCGACUCCCUCCUCCAGUUCCUUGCAGGGCUCUCGCAGGACGGCAACCUCACCACGUCAUGGAAGAAUGGCACAGACUGCUGCAAAUGGGAAGGCAUUGCCUGUAGUCCAGACAAGAUGGUCACAGAUGUCUUCUUGGCUUCUAGGAGCCUUCAGGGAUUCAUCUCACCAUUCCUCGGUAACCUCACGGGCUUGUUGCGCCUCAAUCUAUCCUACAAUUUGUUGUCUGGUGGCCUACCACUGGAAUUGGUAUUGUCCAACAGCAUCACCGUGCUCGACGUCAGUUUCAACCAAUUCAGUGGAGACCUGCAAGAUCAGCCAUCUGCAACCUCUGUACGGCCUCUGCAGGUACUGAACAUCUCAAGUAACUUGUUUACAGGGCAGUUUCCAUCCAGUACAUGGGAGGUUAUGAAGAAUCUAGUUGCGCUCAACGCUAGUAACAAUAGUUUUAUUGGUCUUGUACCAACUGUGUUCUGUGUCAGUGCACCAUCCUUUGCUAUGCUUGACCUCAGCUACAAUCAGUUCAGCGGAAGUAUCCCUCCAGGGCUUGGCAAUUGUUCCAUGAUGACAUCUCUUAAUGCUGGGCAUAACAACUUCAGUGGGACUCUUCCAGAUGAGCUCUUCAAUAUUACCUUGUUGGAGCACCUCUCUUUUCCAAAUAAUCAGUUGGAAGGGUCACUCAGCAGUAUCAGCAAGCUCAUUAAUCUGGUCACCCUAGAUCUUGGAGGGAAUGGAUUCGGUGGCAAUAUCCCAGAUUCUAUAGGUGAGCUCAAGAGACUGGAGGAGAUUAAUUUGGACUACAAUCACAUGUCUGGGGACCUUCCAUCAACUCUUAGCAAUUGCAGAAAUCUUAUAACCAUCAACCUCAAGAACAACAAUUUCAGUGGAAAACUCACCAAGGUCAAUUUCUCCAACUUGCCCAAUCUAAAAACCUUGGAUCUUGUGUGGAACAACUUUACUGGAAUUAUCCCAGAAAGCAUAUAUUCAUGUACCAAUCUAACUGCACUGCGGCUAUCUUCCAAUAAGUUCCAUGGCCAGUUGUCAGAAAGAAUUAGCAGUCUCAAGUUUCUCUCAUUCCUAUCACUUGUUGACAUCAAUCUUACAAAUAUCACAACUGCACUUCAAAUCCUUAGCAGUUGCAGGAAUCUAACCACCUUGCUAAUUGGGUAUAACUUCAAGAACGAGGCCAUGCCAGAGGAUGAAAUAAUUGAUGGUUUUGAGAGCCUCCAGGUCCUUUCCAUGAAUGAUUGUUCAUUGUCUGGACAGAUACCCCAAUGGUUAGCAAAGCUCACAAAUCUGGAGAUACUAUUUUUAUAUAACAAUAAACUAUCUGGACCAAUACCUGACUGGAUCAGCAACCUAAACUCCCUCUUCUAUGUAGAUUUAUCAAACAACACCCUUACAGGAGAAAUUCCAACAACAUUAAUGGAGCUGCAAAUGCUAAAAACAGACAAGGUUGCACCAAAUGUUUUUGAGCUGACUGUUUAUAAGGAUCAGUCACUUCAAUACCGCAUGCCCAAUGCCUUCCCUAAAGAGCUAAAUUUAGGCAACAACAACUUCACUGGCACCAUCCCAAAAGAGAUUGGUCAGUUAAAAGCACUCCUUUCACUCAAUUUCAGCUUCAACAAAUUAUAUGAAGAGAUCCCUCAAUCAAUCAGCAACCUCACAAACCUGCAGCUACUCGACUUAUCAAGCAAUAAUCUCAACGGUACAAUUCCAGAUGCAUUGAAGGAUCUGCACUUUCUUUCUCAAUUCAAUGUUUCCAAUAAUGACCUAGAAGGCUCUAUUCCAACUUCAGGUCAGCUUAGCACAUUUCCAAACUCUAGCUUUUAUGGAAACCCAAAACUGUGUGGUCCAAUGCUUGCAAAUCACUGCAGUUCCGGUAAAACAACAUUGACCUCCAAGAAGCGACAAAACAAAAAAGCCAUCUUUGUGCUUGCAUUUGGCAUAACUUUUGGAGGGAUUGCCAUCCUAUUCUUGCUAGCUUGCUUCUUUUUCUUCUUCAAGAGUACAAAUUUCAUGAACAAAAACAGGAGCAACAAUGAGAAUGUCAUACGAGGAAUGUCGUCCAGCCUCAAUUCAGAGCAAUCCUUGGUGAUGGUUUCACGAGGCAAGGGAGAACCAAAUAAGUUCACAUUCACUGACCUGGUGAAGGCUACAAAUAACUUUGGCAAGGAGAAUAUCAUAGGCUGUGGAGGUUAUGGCCUAGUCUACAAAGCUGCAUUAUCUGAUGGCUCCAAGGUUGCCAUAAAGAAACUUAGCAGUGAAAUGUGUCUGAUGGAUAGGGAAUUCUGUGCAGAAGUCGAUGCACUCUCCAUGGCACAGCAUGACAAUCUCGUGCCACUCUGGGGUUAUUGCAUCCAGGGAGAUUCGAGGUUCCUCAUAUAUUCCUACAUGGAGAAUGGAAACCUGGAUGAUUGGCUCCACAACAGGGAUGAUGACGCGAGUUCAUUUCUUGACUGGCCGAGGAGGCUAAAGAUUGCACAAGGAGCAAGCCAGGGUCUGUCAUACAUCCACAAUGUGUGCAAGCCUCACAUCGUUCACCGUGACAUCAAGUCCAGCAACAUUCUACUGGACAAAGAAUUCAAAGCCUAUGUUGCGGAUUUCGGGCUAUCCAGAUUGAUCCUUCCCAACAAAACACAUGUCACGACUGAGUUAGUUGGCACUCUUGGUUACAUCCCCCCUGAGUAUGGGCAAGGAUGGGUGGCUACUCUGAGAGGCGAUAUGUACAGUUUUGGGGUAGUCCUGCUUGAACUGCUCACAGGCCAGCGGCCUGUUCCAAUCUCAUUUGCAUCAAAAGAACUUGUCCAGUGGGUAUGGGAGAUGAGAUCGAAAGGAAAACAGAUUGAAGUUCUGGAUCCAGCACUACGGGGCACAGGGUAUGAGGAGCAAAUGCUGAAGGUGCUUGAAGCUGCUUGCCAGUGUGUCAACCGCAAUCCAUCCAUGAGGCCUACAAUACAGGAAGUAGUCUUUUGCCUGGAUAGCAUAGACGCCUACCAAAUAAUACAAGAUUCAGUCAGCAUAGAGUAA